CGGGCUGCUGUCGCCGCGGGAGGCGGGAGGCGGGACGCGGAGCAAGGCCGACAGCUUGGUCGCUCCCGAGGCUCCUGGACGCCCGGGGCAGCGAGGGUGACCACCAUGAUCCCCUGGAUGCUCUUGGCCUGUGCGCUCCCUUGUGCGGCCGACCCUCUGCUUGGUGCCUUCGCUCGCAAGGAUUUCCAGAAGGGCUCCCCUCAACUUGUCUGCAGCCUACCUGGCCCCCAGGGUCCCCCCGGUCCCCCAGGAGCCCCAGGGCCCUCAGGAAUGGUGGGAAGGAUGGGCUUUCCCGGUAAAGACGGCCAGGAUGGCCAGGACGGGGACCGGGGGGACAGUGGAGAGGAAGGUCCACCUGGCCGGACAGGCAACCGGGGAAAGCCAGGACCAAAGGGCAAAGCUGGGGCCAUUGGGAAGGCUGGCCCUCGCGGCCCCAAAGGGGUGAGUGGUGCCCCAGGGAAGCACGGCACACCGGGCAAGAAGGGGCCCAAGGGCAAGAAGGGGGAGCCGGGCCUCCCGGGACCCUGCAGCUGCGGGAGUGGCCAGGCCAGGUCGGCCUUCUCGGUGGCGGUGACCAAGAGCUACCCACGGGAGCGGCUGCCCAUCAAGUUCGACAAGAUCCUGAUGAAUGAGGGCGGCCACUACAACGCAUCCAGCGGCAAGUUCAUCUGCAGUGUGCCGGGAAUCUACUACUUCACCUACGACAUCACGCUGGCCAACAAGCACCUGGCCAUCGGCCUGGUGCACAACGGCCAGUACCGCAUCCGGACCUUCGACGCCAACACGGGCAACCACGACGUGGCCUCGGGCUCCACCAUCCUGGCUCUCAAGCAGGGGGACGAGGUCUGGCUGCAGAUCUUCUACUCAGAGCAGAACGGGCUCUUCUAUGACCCUUACUGGACCGACAGCCUCUUCACAGGCUUUCUCAUCUACGCCGACCAGGACGACCCCAAUGAGGUGUAGACAGACCGGCGCUCCGUCUCCAGGGAGGGCACACACUCCUGGUCUGGCGCUUACAGAGCGAGACCCCUAAACUGUCUGCUGGGGCCGGGAGUCGGGGGCUUCUGGACUAAGGCCAACCUUCUCUGCCCCCUUUUUCUCCAUCAUUAAACCCAAGCUUUUUUAUUCAUCC